UGGUGUCGUACAAAUGAGUGCUACUCUGUUGAAAACUUUGUGUCAGUCGAAUGUAAGAUCGUCGUUCUUUAAAUUCCAAUUCUUUACUCAGAGGAAUUGCAGCAUGGCUACGGCAUUAACGGAAUCAAUCCCUUUUUCAAAAGAUUUUCUUUUCCGUCAGAUGUUCGAUCCUGUGUCCAGCACGUACACAUAUCUGCUGGCUGACGUCAACGAUAAGACAGCGAUCUUAAUUGAUCCAGUCAUUGAAUGGGCCGAACGCGAUAAAAGUAUUAUUCGGGAACUGGGAUUAACCUUGAAAUACGCUGUAAACACUCAUAUGCACGCUGAUCAUAUCACCGGAACAGGAAGAUUAAAGUCAUUGCUACCUGGCUGUCAGUCAGCGAUAUCGCGUACCAGCGGUGCUAAGGCGGACAUUCACCUGAAUCCGAAUGAUCGAAUAAGUUUCGGCAGACACUGUAUACGAGUGUUGCCCACUCCUGGUCACACGGAAGGCUGCGUGACUUAUGUUUGCGACGAGCAAGGGUGUGCCUUCACGGGCGAUGCACUUUUGAUCCGUGGAUGCGGACGAACUGAUUUUCAGGGUGGCUCCGCGGAAGUUCUGUACAACUCUGUUCACAAGAGAAUUUUUACGCUGCCGGAGAAUUGCAGGCUGUACCCGGCCCACGAUUACAACGGGAGAACGAUGACCACCGUCGCCGAGGAGAAGGCCUUUAAUCCGAGAUUAACUAAAUCUCUAAAUGAAUUUGUUGACAUAAUGAACAACCUUAAUCUGCCCUACCCGAAGAUGAUAGACAAAGCGGUACCGGCCAAUAAACUCUGCGGACUGUACGAGGUCCAAGAAGAACAGAAACUAUGAUAUUUUACCAAUCAAUCGAUCGAUCGGUGGGAUGUUAACUCGAUUUCGUCGUCCGGUGUACAACAUUGCAUAAUAAAACGAUUCGAAC